CCUUUUUCCCUUCUUUCAGAUGGAAAGAAUGCAAGUGGAUCCAAACGUUACACUCGUAAAAGAGAAACUUCAUAUUCAAAAAAUGAGAACUUUUCCAGUCAAUCCCGUCGCUCCAAUUCACAGAAAAGCAAAGCUUUUAACAAGAUGCCCCCUCAGAGAGGGGGCACCAGUGGCAGUGGCAAACUUUUUAGCUCUUGUAAUGGUGGAAGACGAGAUGAGGUAGCAGAGGUUCAACGGGCAGAGUUCAGCCCUGCCCAAUUCUCUGGUCCAAAGAAGAUUAAUCUGAACCACUUACUGAACUUCACCUUUGAACCGCGUGGCCAAACAGGUCACUUUGAUGGGAAUGGACAUGGCAGCUGGGGGAAAAGGAACAAAUGGGGACAUAAACCCUUCAACAAAGAGCUCUUCUUACAGGCCAACUGCCAAUUUGUGGUGUCUGAGGAGCAGGACUACGCAGUGAACUUUGCUGACCCAGAUACCUUGGUCAACUGGGACUUUGUGGAACAAGUGCGAAUCUGUAGCCAUGAAGUGCCCUCGUGCCCAAUAUGCCUAUAUCCACCAACUGCAGCUAAGAUCACCCGUUGUGGGCAUAUCUUCUGCUGGGCAUGCAUUCUACACUAUCUCUCCCUGAGUGAGAGAACCUGGAGCAAAUGCCCCAUCUGUUAUGGGUCCAUUCACAAGAAGGAUCUCAAGAGUGUUGUUGCUAUGGAAACACGCCAGUAUGCAAUUGGUGACACCAUUACUAUGCAGUUAAUGAGAAGGGAGAAAAGUGUGUUGAUACCACUGCCCAAAUCCAAGUGGGUGAAUGUAGAGCAGCCCAUUCACUUGGGAGAUGAGCAGCACAGCCAAUACUCUAAGCUGCUGCUGGCAUCCAAGGAGCAGGUGCUUCAGUGGGUGAUUUUGGAAGAGAAAGCAGCAUUACUCCGACAGUAUGAGGAAGAAAAGCACACCACUGAGGCUUGUUUUAUCGAGGCAGCUAUCCAGGAACUGAAGGAUCGAGAGAGGGUUCUGUCGUCUUCCGACCAGAGUAGCAACAGUGAUGUUGCAGGAGCCACAGCAGCUGUAGAAGAAUUGGUCCUGAUGGAGCGCUCUAUGGCCAGGGAGCCUGCAGCUUCCCAGGAGAAAAAGGGUGUUCUGGCGUACCUUUCCGCAUUUGAUGAAGAGAUAGUGGAAGCACACUCUGAUUCUGGGAGCUCCUUUCCUCUUCCCCUGGAAGCAGAAGAGGAGGAGAUAUCUGAGGUGGACACUAGGAAGUUGGCAGAUGUGAAUGCUUCAAAAGAAACUAGUCCAUCAGAUAGUAAAUAUCAGGAAUCUAAUGUUACAACCAGCAGUGGACGAUUGAGCAACUCCUCUCCUUUUUACUAUUUCUAUCAAGCGGAGGAUGGACAGUGUAUGUAUCUUCACCCUGUGAAUGUUCGCUGUCUUGUUCGUGAGUAUGGCAGCCUGGAAAACAGUCCAGAGAAGCACACUGCAGCUGUGGUGGAGAUAACUGGCUACUCUAUGACAGAGGAUGUGCGACAGCGCCAUCGUUACCUAUGUCACUUGCCUCUCACCUGUGAGUUCAGCAUCUGUGAACUGGCUCUGAAGCCUCCUGUCAUAUCUAAGGAGACCCUAGAGACAUUUUCUGAUGACAUUGAAAAGAGGAAACGCCUGCGGCAGAAGAAAGCUCGUGAUGAACGGCGUCGGGAACGCAGAAUUGAGAUGGAGGAGAAUAAGAAGCAGGGCAAGUAUCCAGAGGUCCACAUUGCUUUAGAGAACCUGCAGCAGUUUCCUGCCUUCAGUUCUUGCUCAGGAGAACUCACCAGCAGUGAAAAUCAGAGCUCCUCUUUGUCACUUCUUGAUAGCUCUGUCUCUUUCACAGUCUCUGCAGAAUCUGUCUCGACUCCAUUGUCAACUGCUGCUAGCCUGGUUAGCCCAUCAUUAUGUAUUGGGAGCCUGGAAGAAGAAUCUACCUUCCCCUCUUUUGCCCAGAUGUUGAGGGUUGGAAAAGCAAAGCCAGAAAAGUGGCCCAAAGCUGCCUCAGACACAAGAGAAAUCUUCUUCCUUCCAGAUCAGAAUACCCUGGCACCUCCUGCUCCAGCAGAUAGUGAUGGAGAGAGUGACAACUCUGACCGUAUACCUGUGCCCAGCUUCCAGAACUCCUUUAGCCAAGCUAUUGAGGCAGCCUUCCUAAAGUUGGACAAGCCGUCCACAGCGGACUCCCUUUCUGAGGAAAAGGGAGGCAAGAAAAGAAAGAAGCAGAAACAGAAGCUGCUAUUUAGCACCUCAGUUGUCCACACAAAGUGAUGCUGCUGUCUAAAAGUUCUGUUUCCUGGUUUUCAUUUGCUUUUUGUUUUGCUGCUAUAGUUUAAGUAUUUAAGCUUGAUCAGACUAAAUCCAUGUUUCUAGGCCUUGAGGGAAGAAGGCCCAUCAUUUAAUUCUAGCACAUUUGGAUGGUUUAUACCAAAAUUAAAGUAUUAAGAGAAACUGAACCUGGCUACCUUUAUCCAAGGUUUCCAGUUUGUGCCAAGUCAGUUCUUUUGGCCCAUCAACAGUUUAAAUAUUUCUAUUGCUAUCUGUGGCAUUGCCAGUUGUUGCAGUGUGGUUUUUCAUUCAAAAGGCAGAGAACCUCUACUGUCCCUACCUGUGUAUAAGAGAAACAGUACAUAGUAUCUGGCAAUAGGUGCGGUUUGCUGUAAAGCAAAUUCUUUUUCUUAGCAAGUGCAGUUCGCCCCCUGCUGGAAAGAUGCAAUAAUGAAGAGAUUCCUGAUUCUAAAUUGUAGAGGAAGGAGGGGUCUUAAUCUUCAAAAUGAUGACACAAAUAGCUGAUGAUACUCACUCCUUCUGGUACCUAAGGAUUAGACCAAGGGUGGAAAUAAAGUAGAUCUUUUUUUAUCAACCUCAAAUUACAAUUCAUUCUGAAAUGUAGAGUCCAGGAUUUAUGUCAAAGUAACUUUACAUUGGAAUGCAAAGUGGUUACAUUAUUGUGACCACAUGGAUGUGGUAAGACUGCAAUAUUUAGCCAGCACAGGUUAAAAAGAAUUUCUUUGUCUGCAUGAUCUGGAAUAAACCACCAGCUCUUGAUAACUAGACUGGGUGGUUUUUUGAGACCAGCUGCAUUUGAAUCAAGGGAAUAGGUGACAUCUUUGAUAUCUGCAGAUUUAUUAACCUCACAGUAGCAAACCAGGCUGUCCUAUCUUUUGAGGACAGGGGCCUUAUUUUGCUUUUUGUAGGGAUGUAAGUUGGAUUGUUCUAGGCUCAUCUUACUAUAAACAAAUCUUUUUUCUCUCUCUCUCUCUCUCUCUCCCCCUCCCUGCCCCUUCCCCCCCAUCACCCACUUUUUUUUGGGAGUGGUCUCAUUCUGCAUUGCCUGUGGUUUAAUUUGAAGCUAAUGAGCUAAGUGGUAUGGAUUUUCAUUAAAUAAAAUGAACUGUAGGUGUAAUGUACCAGCAGUGGUGAACAGUUGCAAUAAAUCAUAUGCACAACUGGAA